AUGGUCAACAGAAUCGCUGCCGAGGUGGUGAACGACGCCAUCUUCCUGUCUGGCGACUUUGUGCCAGUCAAGGUGGUGCUAGAUAUCGAGGAGCCCAUAGUGAUAAGCAGCCUCAUUUUGACACUUCUGGGGUACGUAAUCACCAGUGCAUUUGCUCCACAGAAACAGGUAGAAAGCCCAUCUACGCUUGUUCCUGCCAAUGACUAUUAUCACCGGUUCUUGUUCAGAGCGUUUGAGCUCAAUAUCGACUCCAAACUCAAUCUCGAGAAAGGCCGGUAUGAGAUUGAAAGCCGGGUAGAGAUCCCAGAUAAGAACACGCUAUGUGAAUGCAAAAGGGUUGAAGUGCCAGAAGAGGCAGAAUUGGUUCCACCGCCUACCUUCUUGCUUCCACCUUCAUAUACCCAUGAGACCCAGAACGGUGACUUCAUCGCUGUAUCCUACCUAGUUCUUCCCCUUGCAAAUGAGGAUACGCUUGUAGACCCCAUGACCGGUCUCGAUCCCAAGAUUUCGUACUCACCCUGUCAAAUUCGAGUCAGACCUGCCAAAACCUCGAUACCUCCAGCUUUCCUAACAAGCGAGCAGAUGUACCUGGUCGAAGCACAAAUUCCUGGAGAAUUGGCCUGGAGAAUGCGGGUAGAUGCUUUUGGAGACGAAGCUGUUGUUCUCUCGCUUGGUCUGAGAGUUACUGCUUGUGCGUUCUUCCGUGCCUAUCCUAUGAAAGACGAUGGUGCUGUAAGUCUCACAAGACACAUCAGGCCCGGAGAAAUGCUCAACAGAGACGUGAGUUUUUCACUCGGGCUCUCCUUUCCAAGGAGAGUGGCUGAGCUACCCGAUAAAAUCAAAAUCCGAUGUCAGUUGGUGAAGGUUUCGCUCGUGGAGGAGGUGGAGUAUCCAAAAACCACAGAAAGCGAUGGCAAACUGCUGGAAUCAUCUACUUUGACAGACGUUUCGCUCACCACCUCGAAGGUGAAGACCAAGGAAAUCUUGGAUGAGGACCUCAAUGAGGAUAUCACCUUUGAGCUAUACCAUGUUUCACAACCAGAAGACCACAGUGGCCAUCAAAAGCACUACAUUUUUCAAUGUCCCCCUGAAUGGUUUGAGGUUGCUGUUCCACAAACCCUGACCACUUUUGCUACUGCUGUGUUAUCUCACCAAUACAAGUUGGUGGUUGAUUUCGUCUUUCUGACCAUCGAGGAGCCGCUGCACCGAAUCAGCGUCAGCGUGGAGUCAGAAGUGUUUAUCAACGACGAUUUUGCAAGAAAAGAGAGUUUCUAG